AUGGCAGGUAGAUUGGACGCAAGCACAGCUGGCGAGUUAGCCACGCGGAUACCGUCCGUGCUCCAAGUGCCCCGGAAAUGGCAUACUUGUUUGCAACACAGCUCCCGCCUAAACCACACAAGUGACACUCGAUCUCCCCAAGCCGACAGACGAAUACAUAUUUCGGACAUACAUCUACGGCCCGACACGCUGCAACUGCAACUUGGCAAGCAGGCUGCGCACUUCAUUGACACAUUAACCGGCGGCCUCUUCAGACGCCACUUUGUAGACGACCCACGAGGACGAUCUUCCUGCCAUUUAGACCGGCGACGUUUACCUACCGUACCCGUAGCCUCAAUCGCAAUGGCCGAUCAAAUCCUCGACCAGGUUCGCGAUCUGGCGGAAGGUCAGAUUGACUUUGAGGGCCAGAAGCUGGCAGAUCUUCUCGCAACCCUCGUCCUCUCGGCAUCCGGAGUCCUCUCCUUCAUAAUCGGUUAUCUGUUUCAAGAUAUCAAGCUCGCGGUCUACGUCGGCUUGGGCGGAACCGUCCUCACAUUCCUCCUCGUCGUGCCUCCUUGGCCUUUUUACAAACAACACCCGAUCAAGUGGUUGGAGCCGGGAUCUGAAUCUGGGUCUGGAUCGCGGAAUGUGGCUACAAUAGAGAAGUCGGGAUAG